AUGACGACGACGAACAAUACUCAUACAAAAAACGACAAUCAGAGAAAAGAAGAAUCCUUUGAAGAAGUUCCCACAAAGGACGAAACUGAAUGUGAUGGGGAAAAUUUCGAUGAAGCGCCACCUAUGCGCAAGAAAGAAGUCAAGUCUACUCAAACAAAAAAUACCACAACUAUAUUUAAAACAUCUAGAAAACGGCCCAAGAAAACAAUCGAUGCGACUGGCUCCGAGACGGAAGAACUCCCAAUUAAGAAACGAGCAAAGAAAGAUAUCACAAAAAAAGAAAAGCUUUCCGCCACCAUUGUUCAAUCUGAUGAAGACGAAGAAAAAAUCGAUACUUUAUUCCCAGAAAAAGAUGAAAAUGGUAAGGAUAAAAAGGAAGAAGCAUCUAUCAAGCAAAGGCGUUCCUUAAAAAAUGGAGGUAAAUCCGUUUCUACAAGAAAAGGAGCAUCAACACCUGAAGAAGAUAAAAUGAUUAUGGAAGGAAUGGCAGAAUUAGCAGGUGAAGCAGAAAAAAGCAGGUGGAAGGCUUUAGCUGAUAGGAUGGGAAAUGGUAGAAAUGCCGAUUUCGUGAGACAUCGUUGGGCAACUUUGGUUAAAAAAAUUGGCGAAGGCAAAUUGGCAAAGGAUUAA